AUGCCUGAAUCAGGAAAAAAGUUUGUGGUAUUUAGUGAUGCUUCUUUAAACAGUUUAAGAUGUGUUCUUAUGCAAGAAGGGAAGGUGAUUGCAUAUGCGUCUCAUCAGCUAAAAACACAUGAACCUCAUAACUCAAAAAGAGUUGAAUUUGAGACAAGUCCUUGGAUUAAACUUCUGAAAGAUUAUGAUUGUGUCGUUUAUUACCACCCUGCUAAAGCUAAUGUUGUGGCUGACGUGUUAAGUAGGAAGGCAGUAGUUGAGUUGUGUACAAUGAUUUCUCAACUCAGUAAUUGUGAUGAUGGUGGGUUGUUGGCUGAAUUGAAAGUUAAACCAGUGUUGUUUGAUCAUAUCAAGAAAGCACAACUUGUUGAUGCUAAAUUGAUUGACCUGCUUAAGAACUACGACCGUACGAUUGAAUACCAUCCUGGUAAGGCCAAUGUGGUGGCUGACGCGCUGAGCCGUAAGGUUAUGACUGAUUUGAGGGCGAUUUUUGCUCGCCUUAGUUUAUUUGAUGAUGGAAGUUUAUUAGCUGAGCUUCAGAUUGAGAGUAGGCAUACUGGGGACUUCGGACUGAAAAGCGAAUGGGUACUCUAUUCCCGUGGGAGAAUCUGUGUGCCGAAAGACACUAAAUUGAGGCAGUUGAUACUGACAGAGGCACAUAGUAGCCCCUAUGCUAUGUAUCCUACUGGGAAUAAAAUGUAUAGAGACCUUUAUGAGUUAUACUGGUGGCCAGGAUUUAAACGAGAGACCGAUGGUCAAUUCAAGAGGGUGAUUCAGAUAUUGAAUGAUGUGUUGAGAAGCUGUGUGAUUGAAUUUCGAGGCAGUUGGGAGGAGUAUUUACUAUUGGCAGAGUUCACUUAUAAUGAUAGUUACCAGUCUAGUCCUGAACUUGUUUCUGAUACUGAGGCUAAGGUCAGAUUGAUACGGGAUCGACUGAAAGUGGCAUCCGAUAGACAAAAGUCUUAUGCGGACUUGAAGCGUUGCGAUAUCAAGUAUUUUGUAGAAGACUCCGUUUUUCUUUUGGUCUCUUCAUGGAAGAAGGUAUUGAGAUUUGGUCGUAAGGGUAAGUUAAGCCCUAGGUUUAGUGGACCCUAUCGCAUACUGAAACGAGUGGGACCUAUUGCUUACCAGUUGGAGCUACAUCCAGAGUUAGAUCGUAUUCAUGAUCUGUUCCACGUAUCGAUGUUGAGACGCUACUACUCUGAUCCCACGCAUAUUGUUCCUAUAGUGGAGAUCGAGGUUAGGCCAGAUCUGACCUUAGAGGAGGAGCUGGUUCGGAUAUUGGAUUGUGACGUAAAGAUUCUGAGGAGGAAAUAUAUUCUGCUUGUUAAAGUCCUAUGGCGUAAUCAUAGCACAGAGGAAGCUACGGAGUAG